CUAGGGGGCAGAAGCUGACGGUGGGUCAGGAAAGGUUCCCGGGCGGGAUACAGACCCAGGGGGCUUGGAUGAGCGACGCCUAGGGAGGAGGGGCUCGAUAGGAACGGUCUGAAUUGGGGAAAAAAAGGUCCGCCUUUACCCGAGAGAGCCCAGGCCCCGUAUCCCCCUCUCCAGCCCAUACCCUCUCCAUCGGCGUAGCUCUCUGCCUUCAGCCCUCCAAGAGGAGCAUCCAACCGGCCCCAAUGAGGCUGUGGGGUUUGCUACUUGCAGUGCUAGGGGGAGCUUUGUGCCAAGAGCCUGAGCCCCCCCAUGGCUGUUCCCAAGGCAGCUGCUACCCAGCCACGGGAGACCUGCUGGUCGGCCGAGUCGAUCGACUCUCUGCCACUUCCACAUGUGGUCUGCGACGUCCCCAACCCUAUUGUAUUGUCAGCCAUUUGCAGGAUGAGAAAAAGUGCUUUGUAUGUGACUCCCGUCGGCCGUAUGAUCCCUUGUCACAUCCUAACAGCCAUCGCAUUGAAAAUGUGAUCACCGCUUUUGCACUACACCGCAGGAAGUCCUGGUGGCAGUCAGAGAAUGGCGUGGAGCAGGUCAGCAUCCGUUUGGACCUGGAAGCUGAGUUCCACUUCACUCACCUCAUCAUGACUUUCAAGACCUUCCGACCAGCAGCCAUGUUGGUGGAACGUUCAGCAGAUUUUGGCCGCACCUGGCAGGUGUACCGCUACUUUGCCUACGACUGUGCUGCGUCCUUCCCUUCUGCCUCCUUGGGACCCCUGAGACGGGUAGAUGAUGUCAUCUGCGAAUCACGUUACUCAGACAUUGAGCCCUCUACUGAGGGGGAGGUCAUCUACAGAGUGCUUGAUCCAGCUAUCCGCAUCCGUGACCCUUACAGUCCAAGAAUCCAGAAUCUCCUAAAAGUCACCAACUUGAGAGUGAACCUGACCAAACUUCACACACUAGGAGACAAUCUUCUAGACUCACGGCGGGAGAUCAAGGAGAAGUAUUACUAUGCUGUAUAUGAGAUGGUGCUGCGGGGCAACUGCUUCUGCUAUGGGCAUGCCUCAGAGUGUGCCCCCCUGUCUGGCAGCCCUCCUGAUGUUGAGGGCAUGGUACAUGGCCGCUGUGUCUGCAAACACAACACCAAGGGGCUAAACUGUGAGCAGUGUGACAACUUCUACCAUGAACUGCCCUGGCGCCCAGCGGAGGGACGCCGCACCAAUGCCUGCAAGAAGUGUAACUGCAACGAGCACUCGCACAGGUGCCACUUCGACAUGGCUGUGUACCUGGCCACGGGCAACACCAGUGGUGGGGUCUGUGAUGAGUGCCAGCACAACACCAUGGGCCGCCACUGCCACCUCUGCAAGCCGUUCUACUACAAGGACCCCACCAAGGAUAUCCGUGACCCCAGCGUGUGCCACGCCUGUGACUGUGACCCUGAUGGCACGUUAGAUGGCGGGGUGUGUGACACACACGAUGACCCAAUGCUGGGGCUGAUUGCUGGGCAGUGUCGCUGCAAGGAGCAUGUGCAGGGCGCCCGCUGUGACAAGUGCAAGCCAGGCUUCUUUGGACUGAGUGCAGACAACCCGCAAGGCUGCCAGCGCUGCCAGUGUGACCCACGAGGCACGGUGCAGGAUGGGCCCCAGUGUGAUGCCUUCACAGGUGACUGCUUCUGCAAACGGUUGGUGACUGGGCGCAGCUGUAACCAGUGCCUGCCUGAACAUUGGGCUCUGAGUCCCGACCUGCACGGCUGCCGGCCUUGUGACUGCGAUGUAGGAGGUGCCCACGACAACCAGUGUGCCACAGAAACGGGACAGUGCCAGUGCCGCAGCCACAUGGUGGGCAGGCAGUGCAGCCAAGUGCAAACGGGCUAUUAUCGUGUUGCACUGGAUCAUUACACGUACGAGGCUGAGGAGGCUCAACUUCACCAGGGAGCUGAAGUUCUGGAGCGAGUGCAUCUCACUGGCCGCCCAGCCACGUGGACAGGCUCAGGCUUUGCCCAGGUGGUGGAGGGCAGCGUGGUAGAGUUCCAGAUCAGUGAUGUGCCCUUCACCAUGGACUAUGACAUACUGCUACGCUAUGAACCUCAGCUGCCAGCGAAAUGGGAGGAGGUGAAGGUGAACGUAGUGCGACCUGGGCCCAUCCCCGCCCGCAGCCCAUGUGGAAACACCAUCCCGACUGAUGAUUUUAUGUCUACAUCUCUGCCACCCACCUCUCGAUAUGUGGUGUUACCGCAGCCGGUCUGUCUGGAGCAAGGGGUUAGCUACACCAUCCGGGUAGAGUUCACCCGCUAUGGAGGAUGGGAUCAUUUGCAAAGCGUUGCUGUGCUCUUUGACUCCCUGGUCUUGAUGCCACGUUAUUCUUCCAUGGAGAUGUUCAUUGCUGGGGAUGCUGCCUCCAUUGGCCGCAGAAAGACCUUUGAGCACUACCGCUGUGUCCAGCAGGCUCGUCCGGUGAUUAAGACACCCACCCCAGAACCUUGUGCCACCUUGCUUACCAGCAUGUCAGCCAUCAUCCACCAGGGAGCACUGUCCUGCCAGUGCAACCCCCAGGGCUCCUUGAGCUCUGAGUGCAACCCGCAUGGUGGGCAGUGCCAUUGCAAGCCAUACGUCAUGGGCCGCCGCUGUGAACGAUGCUCCCCUGGCACCUUUGGCUUUGGGCCGAGUGGCUGCAGAGCGUGUCAGUGUAACAGCGAAGGGUCCUUGAGCAGUUUCUGCGACAACUUCAGCGGACAGUGUCCAUGCCGGCCAGGGGCCUUCGGGCCUCACUGUGACCACUGCCAGCCUGGCCACUGGGGUUUCCCAAACUGCCGGCCAUGCCAGUGCAACGGGCGCUCAGAGGAAUGUGACUCGCAGACGGGCAGCUGUUUGAAGUGCCGUGGCCAAACGGAAGGAGAUCGAUGCCAGAGUUGUGUCUCUGGAUACUACGGGAACCCGUUGCUGGCCUCUGGUGGUCACUGCCGCCCCUGCCUUUGCCCCGAGGCACCCGGCUCUGGACGCCAUUUUGCUGCUGCUUGCCGCCAAGACAGCCGGUCUGGAACUGUAAUAUGUAGCUGCCUCCCGGGCUAUACUGGCCCACGCUGCGAUGAAUGUGCACCUGGUUACUAUGGCAACCCUUGGCAGGCCAGGGGCCAGUGCCUGCCCUGUGGGUGCAAUAACAACAUUGAUAUGACCGACCCGGCGUCUUGUGAUCGAAGGACGGGCCAGUGUCUCCGAUGCCUCUACCACACAGAAGGGGACCAGUGUCAGUUCUGCCAAGGGGGCUACUAUGGCGAUGCCACCCGACGCACCUGCCGCCGCUGCUCCUGUAACAGCCUAGGCACUGUGCCCAGCGCGUGUCAAGGGCAGGAUCGGUGCCAAUGUGAAAGGUACAGUGGCCAGUGCCAGUGCCUGCCCCACGUCCAAGGGCAGAACUGUGACCACUGUGCCCCCAACUUCUGGAACUUAGCCAGCGGGCAGGGCUGCCAACCGUGUGCCUGCCACCCCCAGUAUUCACUGAGCUCCGCUUGCAAUCAGUUCACAGGGCAGUGCCAGUGUCGACCAGGAUUUGGUGGCCGCACCUGCUCAGAAUGCCAGGCGAACCACUGGGGUGAACCCAGCCAGCAAUGCAGAGCCUGUGACUGUGACCCUCGUGGGAUCGAGAAGCCCCAGUGCCACCCCCUCACGGGGCACUGCUCCUGCCGCCCAGGCGUGUCUGGGGUGCGCUGCGACCAGUGCUCCCGAGGUUUUGCUGGCGAAUUCCCUGCCUGCCAGCCCUGCCAUGAAUGCUUUGGGGACUGGGACCGGAUUGUUCAGGACUUGGCCGCUCGCACCCACAGCCUGGCAGAGCGCGCCCAACAUCUUCAACAGUCAGGCCUGACUGGAGCCUUCGAAGGGGCCUUCCGGCGGCUGCAGGAGAAGCUGAGCGCUGCCCAAGCGAUCAUCGGUGCCCGCAAUGCCACUGCCAGCACCCACCUCUUGCAUAGCAUGGAUGAGCUGCGGCAAGAGAUCGCUGAUGUAACAGAAACACUGACUCGUUUGGAGGGUUCCUUGACAGCCACCCAGGACAAGAACUUCAAUGCAAACCAUGCCCUGGGCACACUGGAGCGGGGCGCUCGUGGCCUCAAUCUCACUAUGGCAGACCUGGUGCGCCAGCUGGAUGCCCUCAUCAAUGCCAAUGUUUUGGGUGCCUAUGACAGUGUCCGUCAGUCCUUCGUGCAGUCCCGAGAAGCAGAGCAUCGGGCCAACCUCUCCACCUUGGCCGUUCCGAGCCCCGUCAGCCACUCCGCUGCUUCCCGGCGCCGCACAGAACAAAUGAUGGCCUCGCGAAGAGAUGCCUUCAACAAGCAGAACGCGGCCAACCGUCGAGGCCUGAUAGACCUGUCGACACGUGUUGGAGGGCUGAGCCUGCAUCAGAUCAAUGAGAAGGUAUGUGGGGCCCCGGGGGAUGUCCCUUGUGCCAGUAGCCCCUGUGGAGGGGCUGGUUGCCGUGAUGAAGAUGGCCGGCGUCACUGCGGAGGCCUCAACUGCAAUGGGGCAGUGGCCACAGCUGACAAUGCACUGGACCGGGCUCGCCAUGCGGAGGGAGAGCUGCGCCGGGCUGUGGUUGAUGUGGAUACCCUCUUGCGCCAGGUGGCUGCAGCAAAAGCCCGGGCAGGUGAAGCGAAGCAGAGGGCCCAGGCGGCUUUGGACAAUGCAAAUGCCACCAAAGCCCGUCUGGAGCGCUCGAAUAAGGAGCUGCGGGAUCUCAUCCAGCAAAUCAAGGGAUUCCUGAAUCUCGAGGGGGCUGAUCCAGACAGCAUUGCCCUGGUAGCCUCUCGUGUGCUGGAACUCUCCAUUCCGGCGUCCCCUGCUCAAAUCCACCAUCUCGCUGAGCAGAUCAAGGAGCGCGUCAGCAGCCUGGCCAACGUGGAUGCCAUCUUGGACCAAACGGCAGGGGAUGUGCGCAAGGCAGGGCAGCUGCUGCAGAACGCCCAGCGUGCCAACGCUCGGGCAGAGAGUGUAAAGAGUACGGCUGGGUCAGUGAAGAAGGCUCUUGAUGAUGCCAAGCGUGCCCAAAGUGCUGCAGAGAAAGCCAUCCGUGAUGCAGCCAGCGACAUCUACCACACAGAAGAUGUGGUUAACCAGAUCCGCAAAAAGACUGCAAGCGCAGAGGGUCAGUUGGCCGCAGUGAUGGAGCGGGUGGGCCACCUUGACAGGCAGGUGGAUGCCCUCAAGAUGAAGCGGGCCAACAACAGCCUGGCAGCCACACGAGCGGAGGAGACGGCCAGUGCUGCAAGGGAGCGAGCUCAGGAAGCCAAACAGAUCCUGGAUGGCCAGCUGGGCGACAGGUACCACACGAUGAGGGAAUUGGUGGAACACAAGGCUCAGCACGUCCUGGGGGCUCGGCAGAAAGCAGAGCGCCUACGAGAUGAGGCCAAGGGGCUUCUGAAAGAUGCUGAUGUCAAACUGCGGCGGCUGAGUGAACUGGAAGAAACGUAUGAAGAAAAUGAGCGGCUGCUGCAAGAGAAAGCAGCUCAACUUGACGGGCUGGAGGCCAAGAUGAGGAGCAUCUUGGGAGACAUCAACCAGCAGAUCCAGAUCUACAACACCUGCCAGUGAGGCACCAUUUUCUCCCCGUGCCACUCACUGCCCUUGCCUUUGUGCUUGAAGAACUGUUAGCUAACGCUCUGCUCUAGCCUUUCCCAGCUUAGUGCUUUUCAGUGUUGGCUUACAACUCCCAGAAUCUGGGAAUUGUAGUCUUAACAUAUAUGGUGGCACCAAGCUGGAGAAGUCUGCUCUAGCUAGUGCCCUGAGCACUGUUUUUCCUUUGAUCAUUUCUUUCAGCAGUGCUUGACAUGAGUUGUCACCCUUCACCUCAGGGCAAAAUUAUAUGUUAGAGAUAGCCUGUCAUUAGAAAAGAGAAUUCUUUAACAGCUGAAAACACCUGAUUGUCACAACUGCAAACAAUUGCUUUAUUUUGUGACUGGUUUUCUGCUCAUAAAACUCUCAGUAGUAAAUGUCUGCUGGAAUAUUGUUUCUGAAAUAUUUAUGUGAUCUUUGUGAGAAUGAUAAGUUCUCUGUAACAUAUAGUUUUGCCCUCAGUCUCCUAUGCUCCCCAAAAGCAGCACUCCUACAACCAGGCUACAUUAUGAGGACUUCCUCCAAGCUGGUCUCCUGCAUCAGAGAAUAUAGAGGCACUAAGAUGCUGAAGGAACAUUUCCCUUGCUGAAAUCUGCCAAUCUCUUCCAUCAUGUUCAAAACACCACUGAGCGGAAAGAAGGGAAACAGUUCACAGCAGAAUGGGGAGGAGGCGAAGAAGGUACAUUGGGAGACCCAUUUUACACAUGCUCUGCCCCAACCAGCGUGGCUUAUAUUUGUGUGAGAAUAAAGGCCCAAAGUGGCGUUGCU